AUGUCUAUGAUGGUCCUAGUCAACCUGAAUAUUGUGGCAAUAAUUGGAGAAGGAGAGAUUUGGUUUGGAGGUGAGGAGUCCAUCAGCACUUUGGGCCUGAUCCUAGGAGUAGGACUAUCACUGCUAGUAGUUUCCAUCCUUGGCUACAGUCUGGCCAAGUGGUACCAACACGGAUACUGUUGGGAGGGACCCAACUUUGUUUUUAACUUAUACCAGAUCCGCAACCUGAAAUCUGGAGAGUUAGAAGUGGGUCCUCCUUUCACGAUCAGUGGCCACCUCAGCAGCUCAGAGGGUAGCUAUAAACAGUUUUAUGACAGACCAGUCUGA